CGAGUUUCCAGUCGGACAUGUUUAGCGAAACACACAACUUGGUUCACGUGGUGCUCGUCUCAGCUGCCGUUAAAGAGAUCACCAUGCCAAAGAAAAGCAAAGCAAAGACUGCAAAGAGAGGGAGCAGCGGUGGAGAGCAGCUCCCUCCCAAACAGAGCAAGGUCCAGCACACGGACACCCAAUCCCCCCUGUGCUUCGACAGCCCGGUCCGCCUGUUCCAGAGCCUCAUCCAGCCCAUGGGGACGGAGCAGUUCUUCAGCGAGUACUGGGAAAAGAAACCCCUCCACCUGCAGAGGUCCGACCCUGACACGGCCUCCUACUACCGGUCCUUGUUCCAGUUGUCCGACCUGCCGGGCCUGUGCUCCGAGGACCUGGAGUACUGCAGGGACGUCAACGUCGUGCGCUGCAUCAACGGCAAGAAGAAAGUGCUCAACAAGCAGGGGCGGGUUAAGAGCGGCGCGCUCAACAAGAGCUUCCUCCAGAGCAAGGCCACCAUCCAGUUCCACCAGCCGCAGAGGUUCAAGGACGAGCUGUGGAGGAUCCAGGAGCAGCUGGAGUGUUUCUUCGGGGGCUUGGUGGGCUCGAACGUCUACAUCACACCACAGGAGUCCCAGGGCCUUCCAGCCCACUACGAUGACGUUGAGGUAUUCAUCCUGCAGCUGGAGGGGCAGAAGCGUUGGCUCCUCUACACCCCCACGGUUCCUCUGGCAGCAGAGUACAGCCUGGAGUCAGAGGAGAGGAUGGGCAGCCCGACCCAUGACAUUGUGCUGAAGGCAGGGGACCUUCUGUACUUCCCCAGAGGAACCAUCCAUCAGGCCAGCACCCCAGCAGGAGUGGACCACUCCACCCACUUGACUCUCAGCACUUACCAGAGAAUGUCGUGGGGAGAUUUGCUGUUGGACAUAUUUCCCAGCUUGCUGAGUGACCGGAGCCAGACUGAAGUCCGCCUGAGGGAGGGCAUGCCCAGAGGACUCCUGCUGGGUCACGGGGGGAACCCGGACACCGGCAGGACGCUGGCCGCCGGCCUCAGAUCUCUGGCUGAUGAGUUGGCCAACGGGAUGCUGGAGGUCCGCUCCACUCACAUGAAGAGAGACUUCAUCAUGAACCGACUGCCCCCCCACGGCCUGCCGGAGCAGCUUGAACCAUCUGGGAGGAUUCCUGCCUUGGAAGAUAUGGUGUGUUUGAGGUUUAAAGACCACAUGGUGAUGACGGUGGAGCCCAGCCAAGAGAAAACAGAUGAGGCCACACAGCAGCUGGUCUUUGUCUUACACUCCUUGAAGAACCAGAGGGAGAGCCACAUGAUGGGUGAGGGCUAUGACGAAGAGGAGGACCAGCACCUCUCCAGGGGCCUGCAGUUCCCCCUGUCCCACCUCCAGGCGCUGCGGCAGCUCCAGCAGGCCCAGCAGCUGGCAGUGGCCCAGCUCCAGCUGCCCACAGCGGAGGCCAAAGUCAGCCUGGUCCUGGCUCUCUGGAGCGAGAGCCUGCUGGUCGUGCUGUAGCGCACCACGUGUCAACAUAUCACUGACGCGUUGAUCUGUAUGAAUACCUGUGUGUCUGGUGUUUGAUUGAAUAAAGCUUCAUGAAGUCAGCUUCACAACCGUC